AACCUAACACAGUUUCAUAUUAUGUUUUAUGUUUUAUUAUUAUCAUCCCUAUCUAUCUCUCCCUCUCUUCUCUCAACAAAUCUAUAGAUCCUUCCAAUAUACCUUGUCUCACGCGGUUGCAGUUUUUGGAAGUGUCUUUGUCUUUCUGCUGUGUCGUCGUGUUUCUUCAAAAUCUCCAUAGAAACAAAAGAAAACCCUUUUUCGCACCAUGAGACCUCAAAGAACAUCGAUCCACGCCAUCUCCACAUGGGUCAGGCGACAACCACCAAAGGUCAAGGCUUUUCUCGCCGUCGUUUCCGGUAUGGCUGCUCUCGUUCUCCUCCGAUUCAUCGUUCACGAUCACGAUAAUCUUUUUGUCGCUGCUGAAGCUGUUCAUUCUCUCGGAAUCACCGUUCUUAUCUAUAAACUCAUGAAAGAAAAAACCUGUGCUGGAUUAUCACUCAAAUCCCAGGAAUUGACAGCUAUAUUUUUAGCUGUUAGGCUGUAUUGUAGUUUUGUCAUGGAAUAUGACAUACAUACCAUACUUGAUUUGGCUACUUUCGUUACUACGUUGUGGGUUAUAUACAUGAUUCGUUUUAAAUUGAAGGCUAGUUACAUGGAGGAGAAGGAUAACUUUGCAAUAUACUAUGUGGUGAUACCAUGUGCCGUGUUAGCCCUGCUCAUUCAUCCAUCAACAUCUCAUCAUAUAUUGAACAGGAUUUUCUGGGCGUUCUGUGUAUAUCUGGAAGCUGUUUCUGUACUGCCCCAACUUCGGGUCAUGCAGAACACUAAGAUUGUUGAGCCAUUCACCGCACAUUAUGUAUUUGCACUCGGUGUAGCAAGAUUCUUGAGCUGUGCUCAUUGGGUUCUUCAGGUGUUAGAUACCCGUGGACAUUUAUUGGUUGCCUUGGGCUAUGGUUUAUGGCCGUCAAUGGUUCUUAUCUCAGAAAUUGUUCAGACAUUCAUCUUAGCAGAUUUCUGUUACUAUUAUGUGAAAAGUGUUUUCGGCGGACAGCUUGUUCUACGCCUUCCCUCUGGAGUGGUGUGAUUGAAGAUCUACGCCCUCAGAUUUUCUUUUAACUUAAUCAGGCACCAUGUUUGGUUACUCAUGUUAGACUUAGAGUACAUUUUGUGUUGACAUGCUUAUUCUGUAAAGUUGGGGAUGAAAGAUAGCUAAAUAUAUUUUAUGUUCUGAGGUACCAUUAUUUAUCAUGUCUGGAAAUGCUUUAUACUACAUAAAAGUCUCUAUUUGCUUA